GACGUCGCCUGGGUGGGGGCAGCCUCGGAUCCUCAAGCGACCGACCGCUUUGCCGCCUGCUACGCCCUUCCGCUGCGGGCUGCGAGACACCGACCGCGGCAUUCACCAACAGCAGCAGGAGCAGGAGGAGCAGCAGCAGGAGCAGCAGGAGGAGCAGCAGGAGCAGCAGCAGGAGCAGGAGGAGCAGCAGGGGGGAGUCAUCUGAGAGUCAUCUGAGCCAUGGUGGUGAAGGUUUACUACACCAGCGUGGCGGCCUCGCGCGAGGUCAAGUCUAAUCAGAGCGAGGUACAAAGAGUUCUGGAGGCUAAGGGGUUGAAGUUCGAGAUGGUGGACAUUGCCGCAAAUGAUGAGCAUCGGCAGAAUAUGAGGAAGCUAAGUGGGAACCCCACCGCCAUGCCACCACAACUCUUCAAUGAAAACGCCUACUGUGGGGACUAUGAGAAGUUUGCUGAAGCAGUCGAGCUGGACAGCAUUGAAACCUUCCUGAAGCUCAAGUGAAGACAUCCUUUGCACAGGCCCAGACCUGCAUCUGUUAACCCUUUUGCUGUGCUUAACUCUCUUCACAUUGCACUCUCCUGCACUGGUCAAUCUUUUUGUUUUAUACUAAACCUUUAUGACUUGGCCUACUUCGGGGUGAACCACCAUGAUUUUUUAGAUUUUGCCACAUUCAUUACUUUCUCUACACUCAAUGCCAUUUCCUCAAACAUCUCUUGAAGCAUCUUGUUACAGUAUUUAUCGCUCAUUGUUUGAUCGUUUGCAUAUUAAAAUUACUUGCGUCAUUCCUCUUGCGCACAUUAAAAUCACUUGCAUCAUUCCUCUGCUGGUCGCACAGCAAUGCAUUCCACAAUACACGGGGUACUGAAUGCACAGCAACAUUCCUAAUUUAAAGCUUGUUCUUUUUCACAGUAAGUUAAGCAUGAAUGCAAGUAUUUGCCACGCGUAUCACCGAUGCCAUUUCUUAACCUUUUGUUCGAGGUGCUUAUAUUGCAAAAUCACCACGUUCUGCAAUUGCCAUCACUUGUAUGCAAAUGUAAUGCAUUAUAAAGGUGUAAACAUUUCCCUCUCGUUUUCUUGCCAGUCUGAGUGCAAAGCAAAAAAAAACAUUUAAUUCUAUCCUCCGCCAUCACGAUCUAGGGAAAUAUGGGUGGGUGUAAACGUGUGUCUUUGUGCCACAGCCCGCUUAGCUGGAAAAUAAAUACACGUUCUCUAGUUCUGUGGCAAGAAGUGGUCUUUGUGGAGGCUUUAUGAAGUUUUACGUUAGUAUUCAAUUCAAUGUGGUUGUAACCAUUUAAUAAUUAUUGUUUUUAUAAUUAGACAUUAACAAUUGUCCCUUUCCACUUGUUCUUUGGAACUUGUACUGCAUUGAAUUGGCUGUUGGUUGCCCCCAAAGGGAGAGGCACUUCGGUGUUGGUCCAGAGUUUGGUGCCACAAACAAUGCUGGUUGAUUACAAAGGAGAUGGUUACUGGAACAUAACUUGCGUUCACACAAGUGACACUUUGAUGGAUUAAAAUGAAGGGCACAUUUAUUUAGUUUUUCUUCCUCGACUACAAUUUUGUUUUGAAAAUAUCCAUUUGCUUGGAAAAUCGUGAAAAGACAGAACGUGCAAAUACAUAACGUAUGCUAAGAUGCAAAA